GUAUAUGCCACAGUCUUUUGCACAGUCGACGACGACGGACUUUCAUACUACAUUUCCCAUAAGCCACUGGAUGAAAAAAAGAUUAAGCCCCCUUUUCUGUUAGAAGAAGCAUUUGGAGGUGUCGCAAAAAGGGGAAAAGUUUUCUGCUGCUUGUGCUGGGUACCUGGUGUGCUGUUGAAAACUUGUGUUGGGAUGUCGAGGGAAGAUGCCUCUGGAGGUGAAAUGGCCAUUUCCCAGUCGCCCGUCAUUGCUCUGGAAUCUGACUAGCUCUAUUAUUUUUGGGCUGGUGGCCACAUACAGUUGGCUUUGGACCAGGUACAUGAACCAUCUGAAUGUCCACAACAAGGAAAUAUUGUACAAGCUGAUUGACAGUCGGCCACGACAUACACCUUUGCUAACAAUAUCCAACCAUCAGUCCUGCAUGGAUGACCCUCACAUCUGGGGGAUCCUGAAAUUGAAACAACUGUGGCGUUUGAAGAAAAUGAGAUGGACUCCUACAGCAGCAGACAUUUGUUUCAUGAAGGAACUCCAUUCCCUUUUUUUUAGUCUGGGAAAAUGUGUACCUGUCUGUAGAGGAGAUGGUGUCUACCAGAAAGGCAUGGAUUUCAUCCUGGAGAAACUCAAUGAUGGAGAUUGGGUUCACAUCUUUCCAGAAGGAAAAGUGAAUAUGACACGAGAAUUCAUCCGACUGAAGUGGGGAAUCGGACGGUUACUAGCGGAAUGCACAGUGACUCCUAUUAUUCUUCCACUCUGGCAUAUUGGUAUGAACGACGUGCUGCCAAAUGAGCCUCCAUACAUCCCACGUUUUGGCCAGAAAAUAACAGUAUUAAUUGGGAAACCCUUUACUGUACAGAGUUUAGUGGAGAGCUUAAAGUCUGAGAAUAAAUCACCUGUGGAGAUGCGUAAAGCAAUUACUGAUUUUAUCCAAGAAGAGUUUCAGAAGCUAAAAUCUCAAGCAGAAGCACUGCAUCAUAGAUUCCAGAGGGAUUCUCAACCAUAAAAAAGAACACGUUUUGCUAUUUUUAUAAAAAAAAAAAAAAAAAACAUGGCAGAGUAAUAUUUAUGGCGUAGACGUGGGUAAAUUAUGGAAGAUUUUUUACUUCAUUCCCUUCAGGAAAAUCUUGCAUGUGUUUACUUCCUCAAUUUGCACCUGUUAAGAUUAUACAGCCAGAAUGAUCCAGAGUUAUGUCAAAGGCAGGAUUGUAUGAGGCUGCAGAAAAUGAGCAUGCUUUGAGGAUUGGGAUGUCAAAAACAGUAAAAAGUGGAAAAGCAGAAGUGAAAGUUUAAUACAAAGUAUAGUGAUGGGGGUGUUUUUCCAUGAUUUGACAGUCUAUCAUGUUAGUUUUAAAGAGGUAUUUGUCUCUCACAUGUAUGUAAUAUCUUUCCUGUGAUUGUAUGCUGAUGGUUACUCUGUACAUGAAGCUUUCCUGACCACACUUUUCUAAGAGCUUAGGAAAUACUGAAAUUCCCAGUUGGUCGCAUAGCUUCUGUGAGACCACACCUUUCUUUUUUGCUUUUUGUUAAACAAAUUUUAGUUUUGAUUUUGAUUUGUUUGUAUGUUGUUACUAGAUAUGUUUUCAUUGCCAGUGAUUAUUGUUUCUGAUGUUACACCAUUGCUGAUUGCCCAGUGUUGUCUGUCAGAGAAGUUGAGAAGAUGAAGAUUUGGCUGAAGGCAAGGAAGAAAUAUAAUCUCACAAGUUUCAAAAUGUAUUUUCAUUGUUAUGUACUCUUUUUGUGUGUCAUAACAACUAGGUAAUGGAGCCUGUAAAAGAAAUGGCAACCAGCUUCAUAGUUAUUAGCAGUGAGUGCCAGGUGAAUGGUGUAGGGAGAUAAAGCCCAGACCUGUGCCUACAUGACCCAGUGUAGAUUAGUGGCCCAGGCAGUGCAAGAACUGGUGGAGGAAGGGAAAGCGAGAUGUUGCAGUACCUGUCUCCCUCCUUUAGGGGGUUGCGGUGGGCACAAAUGCCCAGGGUGCGUACUUGAUUCUACCCCCCACCCACCUUCAAGGCCGCAGAUUAAAACAGAAGGAUGUGUUGCUGAGGGAAUAGGGCCUUUGAAAGUUGUAUCACUCAUUGAAGUAGGGAGGUAAUACCCCCAGCAACAACCUAUUACACUCCCUCAUUUGGAUAUCAGUGGGCAUACUGAAAGGGUCAAACAUUGGGGUGUAAGAAAACUGUGAUUGCUUCCUGGAUGACACCCAUGGUGUACCAUGCUGUCACUCCAUAAAGGGAAAUGAAUAGGUGAUAGAAGACACAAUAUUAGCUUGCAAGUUAACAAACUUUGGAGCGAAGGAAAAAAAUUAAAAAGGCUGUGGAUGUAGCUUCUCCCUGAAAUUCUCCAUCAGCUUGACACUAGUUAAUGAGCUUGGGAACGGUGACUUCCCAUACAGACUACCAAGAUAAAAAACAGCUUAGUUUUCAAGUCAAAGGUGAACAUCUAAAAAUGGACUUCAUAUCUGAGCUAUUUUGUCACACCCAUGAAUUUCUUUGGUAGGAUAAGUAAAAAUUUAUUACCUUAACUAGUUGAUUUGUUUGUGAGAAAAGCAUUAUUUUAUUACAUAGUGUUUUAAAAUAGGGGUGCACCUGUGCCUUAAGAAGAAAUGUUACUACCUGGUUCCUGUUCUGCUUUGUUUAGUGGCUCAGGCAGGAAUUAAAUGUUGGUUUAUGCUGUUUAAGUAAGCUUUCAAGGUGUUGUCCUUCCUCCCCUUCUUGUGAAGGAUACACAAUAAAGAAACUGCAGUUUGUAUAAUUGGGAAGUAUUUUUUCUCUGCCCAAGUAUAUUUUAUGUACUGUUUUGAGCAAAAUAUUGCUGUUAGAAACUUGUUUUUGAAAGUAAAAAGUUGUUUGUUUUUCCAA